GUCCUGGCAGCUUCUUGGAUUUUCUUAUUUGUGGUGCAGUGUAGAUAAUGUUAUAACAUUGCGCCAAUGCCACGAAGAGGAGCAGGGACCACCAGGCACUGUGGUGAAAGCAAGAAGGUGGCUUCCAUACUACAUGCUAUAUAUCUCCUAUAUGCAUACUGAAUACGAGCUCAAAACAUUGUCUGCCCAGGAAGGCUCAACUUCUCCAGGGGUCCCACAUUGCAGAGAAACCGCCAUAUAGAAUACUGUAGGAAGCCUCAGCUUCUAGAUGUAAUGUUGGAAGAUGUCCCAUCAGAGUUGCUUACAUCAAGAUGACAUACCUGGAUAGCAGCAUUAUUUUAACUUUGCUUCCCAACAAUAAAUGCAUCUCGUGACCGUGUAUAUAAUCACCAUCAAUUUGUUAUCAGGCUUUGCUUUUCCUGACAAUGCAAGGACAUGGAAGAGUAUACAAGCUGAUCUGGAAUCACUAUAUGAAGGACUUAAACAAAGUGACUAUUGGAAAAAUAAUCAUUUGUUUCCUCAAUGGAGCAUUGGUCUAUCUGAAAAGAAUAAAGAAAAUGGUUAACCUUAUGUCCAAAAUUAUCGACCAGUCUCCAGUUCCAGCAUUAUGGAUCACUGUUAUUGGCCUUAGUUUUGUCCUUACCAAUAUACCAUGUUUCUACUGUACAUUCACAUUGCUUAAGGAAGAAUGUGAGAAAACAUUUUUUGAUUGCUAUGUCCGGGAACUUAAAGUGAUCGAGGAGGAAUUGAACCUGUUUGGAGUACAUAAUAGAUCAGCCAUUAUUAAUAAAAUUCAUCAUAUAGAGCAUAAUAUACAGGUUGCAAUACAGAUCACUGAGAGUAUGACUGCCAACUGUAAUAAGUGUGAACAAUAUGAAGAAAAACCUAUUGAAGAAUUUAAAAAGAGCUUUGUGACACUAACUCAAAAAAUGCAAUCAAAUGCAAAUGGCAAAAAAUGAUAACACCUGGGUCAGAAAGAGGCACCAAGAAUGUUGAAAGCAAGGGCUUCCAUACAGGAGUAGCUCCUGGCUGCAAGAUGAGAACAAGAUUGGAAAGGGUGUGACUGUGGAAAGCCUUUGGCAGAAGUUUGGCAUUAAAGGCAUCCCAAGCUGCUUCUGGAACUCUAAGGAAAAAAAGAUAAUUUGUAAUGGACAAUAAUGGGGCAAGGGCAUGGUCCUGGUCAAUGAAGUUCAUGUAUUAAUUCAAAUUGCAAGGUAAAACAGUGACAGUAAAUUCUAUAUAGCAGUAGAGCGUAGCUCAGGCAUUCCCAACGUCGGUCCUUACGGCACAUCAGCAGUGUAGGUUUUAGUGAUAGCCAUGCUUGAGCACAAGGGACUUAAUUAGUACCUGAGUUAUUUGGAUUUAACCACCUGUGCUGAAACAUGGAUAUCACUAAAACCGGCAAAGUUAGUGUGCCGUGAGGACCGAGGUUGGGAAUACCUGGCUGAGUUGAUUCACUGUACAUAAACCCAAUCACAAGGUCAGUGGUGCAAAGAACACUGGCAAUAGAUUACUGAGAAGUGGAGAAAGAUAAUAUGGACAGAUACAUCAUUGUUCGUCAAGUUCUUGACAAACAGAGAUGUCCACCUGUGGCACGAGCCUAAAGAACUCUACGGCUUUGAGUGCUUGUUUCUAACAGUAAAGUAUUCUGGUUGCUCGGGGCCCCUUUUUCAUGGCUUGUCUUGGCCAUUGAAGGCAAUGUCAAAUGGAGUGGUGUCUUCUAGAGUGACAUUGCACCCAUUCACACAGAAUGUGUGGUUGCGGUGCUGAUCAAAUGCUGAAUUAAGAGACUUUAUUUUCGUACAUUCACUUUUUUCCUACUACAUGCAGGUGUAGCUAUAGUAAAAUGGCUCAAGCCAAAUAAAAUUAAUUUUGUCACAAAGGUGACCUAAUCUGUAACAGACAAAUAUUACAUCUUGCUUUUUUUGUACAAUAAAGAUAUAAAAAUAAAACUUGUUGUUUAAAUGUAAAUUGGCACAUCAAUCCAUAAUGAAGAUGAUACAUGAUGACUGGUACCUGAUGGAUGUGUUCAGUGAUAUAAUAGUUUAAUGUGUACAAUUAAUUCUGUUUAAGAAGUAUAACUAUAAUACCUCCUGUAAAUGAUGUCAGUACAUGUAUAAAUCACCUGUAAAUUAUAUCUGUUCUAACAUCACCACUAAUAAUCAGUGAUCUCUGUUGUCACCCCUGAAGUGUUCAUUAGGAAGAUGUGUGUAUUGUAAGGAAUAACAGAUCCCAUGCUGUAAAUUAUUAGAGAUACCAGAAACUUGUAUUUGGGGGUGAUUUCUAGAAACACUUUCACCCUACACCUGAUUAAAUCUGAUUAAAAUGUUUGUCCAGUCAAAACUGUUA